GUUCAGCCAGAUGUUCAAUUCAUCACAAGUUCAUAGGUCUAUGUUCUACAUGCUCAGAGGCUUCUUGGGUCUGCCACUAUCGGCUAAUCUACAACGCUCUAUACAGCUGGGCGGACUGACGUGGAGCCCUGGGGCGUUCCAGGAGUCAUGUCCGGAUACGGGGCCAGCGAUUUCCUCAACAACUAUUCCAUGUCAGUUGACGAAAUGAUGGAGGGCAAGCCUUUUCCAGUUCUGAUUCCCAUCAACCCCUUUCCCAACCCCUUUAGCAAGCAAGAAGAAAUUCAGAGCGUAAUGCCAUCCCACGAUGAACUAACAAGCCCUGGCGCAAAAGAGACAAACUUGUGCCCCUGGCCUCGUAAAGGUGAGCCCUUCAGGGCCGACAGAUGGCCCAGCAGCAAUAUAGACAGAGUGGACCUCAGUGAUGUCACUUUCCCCCGUCGCUAUGCAAGAUCUGUCAGUGGAGAUUGGAUGCACAACUGGGCAGAAAACAUGUACAGACUCAAUUACAUGGGCUGAUUUUUGCAUUGACUUAAAGUCAGCGCUGUGCCCAAGGCUAAAGCUAAUGUGGAUUCAAAAACGACGUUCUCGUUGUCCCCCUAUAAUAAUAAAUGUUGUUCCACAAAUAAUAAAACUCAAUAAAUAUGCUUUAUCAAUCAGGAAAAAAACAGGUGUUUUGUUU